GAAUUCUGGGUUAAACCACAGCUGAUGAAGAAAUAUGCCUGUGAUCUCACACUGGACCCAAACACAGCACACAGAAACCUCUCUCUGUCUGAGGGGAACAGAAGGGUGGAGAGGGUUAAAGAGGAGCAGCCGUAUCCUGAUCAUCCAGAGAGAUUUGAUCACUAUACCCAGGUGUUGUGUAGAGAGGGUCUGACUGGGCGCUGUUACUGGGAGGUAGAGUGCAGUGGGCUGGCUGACAUUGGAGUGACAUGUAAAGGCAUCAGUAGAAAAGGAGAUGGUUCUGCCAGUGAAUUUGGAUACAAUAAGAAGUCCUGGAGUCUGAUCUGCCGUGGGAAUCAUUACGGUGCCCUCCACAAUAGUCAAUAUACUACAAUACAUGCUCCACACCUCAUCAACCCUCCUCAACCCCAGAGAGACCAGUCCUCCUCCCCUCCACGCCUCAUCAACCCUCCUCAACCCCAGAGAGACCAGUCCUCCUCCCCUCCACGCCUCAUCAACCCUCCUCAACCCCAGAGAGACCAGUCCUCCUCCCCUCCUCAACCCCAGAGAGACCAGUCCUCCUCCCCUCCACGCCUCAGAGUAGGAGUGUUUCUGGACUGGCUGACCGGCACUCUGUCGUUCUACAAGGUCUACUCUGGCUUGAUGACCCACCUGCACACAUUCCAGACCAUAUUCACUGAGCCCCUCUAUCCCACUUUUGGGCUUCAGCAUCCUCACACCUCUGUGUCCCCCGGGUUUGCCAGCAAUCCUGUAUCAUCUGAGGCCACCCGCUGUCCAGAUGAGAUCCUGAUAAUGGCAGAAAUAUGCAUAAGGGAAGAAGAAGGAAAAGAGGAAGAUGAUGAUGAAGAAGAAUACAACAGAGAAGUGGAUUUUCUUCUCCUGGAAUACAGUGAUCCAACCUUGUCAAAACAGAAAGGAUCAUCCAUUCCCUUGCCAUGCUCUCACAGUUGGCCUUUUUCUAGUGAGGGGACAUUGGAAGAGGAGAGCGAGGACGGUGUCAGAGGUCAUCUUUCUAACAGCUUACCUGAUGCAAUGGAGAAUUUAACCAUCACAGAGAUUAGAAGAGUCAACCAGGGCCUGUUUACUACUGACCCUCCCAUGAUGGUUUCCAAUACCUUUGAACCAGAAAUCUAUAAUCAUGAGGGCAAGGGAGCAUACCGGUUCCAGUGCCCCAGUGCAGGUCUGUUCCAGUGCAGUAUAACAGGCCUGGUGUUCAGGAUGGAGGGAGAAGGAGAGGUGCUCUAUAGGACAGUCCACUGGGACAGGAAGCUUCUAUCCCAGAGUGGAAAGAGGCCUGCAGGACCCCUGUUCAACAUCGACUGUCCUCAGAAGUCUGUCUGUCAACUACACCUCCCACACUGUCAAAUUCAUUCUUGUGGUGGAUGUGACUUCCUGUCUGUAGCCCAUGUGACUGAUGAUGACAUCAUUGAGUUUCUCCCCCCCCAUGAGACAACAGACACACAUGUCAUAAUAAACAUCACUGGAUUAUCUGCCUAUGGUGAUGUCACAGAUGAUGAUGCUCCCAUCUCCCCCAUACUUGCACAUGUGUUGUUAUUCUACCAACCACUUGGCAAGAGGUCCAUCCUGAAUGUGUUGUUGCUUCCCAGUAAUGUUGUGAGAAAAGAGGUGCGGGAGUUGAUUGAAAGGGAUGGAAUAAGAGAAAUUCUUACAACGUCUCUGUGUACACUUACCCCAAAGCAAGAAUACACCCUCUCCACUAACCCUGCAGAUGCACAUCCAAUACAACCAAACCCAGCAAAAUUUGUGGAUUCCUAUGAAAACUACGUCCCCACAUUUCAGUUGUUUAUUAAACCUGUUGUUGAAGAAGUGAAUCUUCUUCUGGAAGAAAAUAAAGCUGAUAAACUUGUAUGGAACGGACUUGUCUGGCUUCCAGUUACACCACCAGGUGGCGCUACAGCAGGGACAAAAAAUGUUCAUUUUCUGCUGCUUGACAUUCUGGAAGAGCUGGGCCGAGGCGACCUGAAGAAAUUUCAGUGGUACAUUAAUAAGGGUGUGGAGGAAUUUCCUUCCAUCUCAGAGGGCCAGCUGGAGGAUGCUGACAGACUGUUCACAGUGGAUAGGAUGGUACAGAGCUACUGUGAUGAGGGAGCUGUGAAGAUCACACUGGAGAUCCUGAGGAAGAUGGGUCGGAACAACCUGGCUGAGGAGUUAAAGGAGAAGUUGACAAAACAGGUCUGAAUGCCAUAAACUAUCUACAAUAUUAAAGCUGAUCGCCCCCCCCCCCCC